GAGUAAUCCAUUUGUAAAGUUGAAAGUCUCCAUAUCACGAUGAAAACAAUCUUCAUUCUCUCCCUGGCUGUCUGUUUUUUCGCUGUUCAAACCGAGUUAGACAAUAAAUCUUGACAUUACCAUGUUAAUAUGAAGCCAUAUUUUAUAUUUAAAUAUACAUAUAAUCACUGAUAAUCAUAGAUAUCUAGUGUAAAUACAUGUAUAAGUGAAUAUAUGUGGACACUACAUGAAUAGGUUUUUAUCUGUUAUCAAUACAGUUUUUCAUGGUGUUUAAAAUGCAAGUUUCGUUCAAUAGAGGAUAAGCUCUUGCCAUAUCAUUAACCAAAUAGAGCUAGAAACAACAGAAAUUUAUUUCACAAUUGUCAGGAUAUUCACUGUGAACAGAAUAACAUAUUUGCUGUCCAGUUAUCUGCCCCUGGAUUGAAACUGUUGUGACUGUUUAUAGUGGAAAUAAAACGGUGUGUAUGAAAAAUAAAUUAAAUAAACACUAUCUAUAGCACACUUUAUUAAUACUGUACUGAAAUGUAAACUACUUAGUAAAAUAUCUUUGUUUUCUUUUCUUCCUUUAUUGUUUAGAUGUAACUCCGGUCCUGCGAUGAAUAGUUUGUUUCUAGAGGCUGCACAAACUUUUGGAAGUCUGAAAAUAUGCGCGACCAAAACCAAUGGAAUGGUGGAGGAAUAUUUCAAAGAAGAUGGUUUGGGUCAGAAGGUGAAUGAAGUUGUGCAUAUUCUUCUUCAACGACUUAAUAAACGUUUUAAAAGGAUUUGCUCAUGAACUCACAACUACAUGUCAAUCAAGCAAUCAGCCCAUUUGUGCCAAUAAAAAUGCAUGGACAAUCAACCACUGAAAAUAAUUUACAAUCGAUUGAUUAUAUUUGUAACUAAAACGUUUCUUUCUACAUGUUUUCAAUGUGUAAUUUAAUAAAAUUUGUAUACUGUCCACAA